UCCAGUUCAGAAAUGGCGCGACGUGUGGCUAUGUCUUUUGUGAUCCUGCUUUUGAUCCUUGAAGUUGUGAUCGCUUACGAGUACACUAACCUUAAAAGGGAAAUGCAAUAUUCAAUGUUCAGACGACGAUAUGACAUCUGUCAUCUGCCUAUGCAGCCUGGGAAAUGUCGUCACGGCGUAAAGGCCUGGUACUACAAUCAUGUCACAAAAAAGUGCCAGAGGUUUAUCUAUACUCUUUGUGGAGGAAAUGAAAAUCGCUUUUAUACAAACAAAGAGUGCAUGGAUUACUGCAAUGGCUAUACAUAUAUAUUUCCCGUAGAA